ACUCGUUGGAAAGGGAAUCCCGUAAACCCUACAUGUGCCCUCCCUUUUAUAAAACCGGCGCGCACUCUCGCACACACACUCACACUCCCAGUCCAUCCCCCGAAGCUCAGCUCCCAGUCCCCAGUCCCAGCUCCGCACUGGCCCGGCCGCCAGCAGCUUAACCAAGCUUGCUCGGUCGACAGUUGCGCCCGCCAUUCGCCGAGUGGCUAGCUCGCGCGCGUGGCAUUGCCGGCGGGUGAGCUCGGUCGCUCUCUCGCUCUCGAGAUGGACGCGGCGGCUGGUCUGCCGGACGCUUGGUCGCAGGUGCGCGCGCCGCUGAUCGUGCCGCUGCUGCAGCUGUCGGUGGCGGUGUGCCUGGGCAUGGCGGUGCUGCUGUUCCUGGAGCGGCUGUACAUGGGGGUGGUCAUCGUGGGGGUGAAGCUCCUCCGCCGCACCCCGGAGCGGCGGUACAAGUGCGACCCCAUCUCGGAGGAGGACGACCCCGAGCUGGGCAGCGCCGCCUUCCCCGUGGUGCUCGUCCAGAUCCCCAUGUUCAACGAGCGCGAGGUGUAUCAUCUGUCGAUCGGCGCCGUGUGCGGGCUAACGUGGCCGUCGGAUCGGCUGGUGGUGCAGGUGCUGGACGACUCCACGGACCCAAUUAUCAAGGAGAUGGUUCGGUUGGAGUGCGAGCGGUGGGCGCACAAGGGGAUCAACAUCACGUACCAGACCCGCGAGGACCGCAAGGGGUACAAGGCGGGCGCGCUGAAGCAGGGCAUGAAGCACGGGUACGUGCGGGAGUGCGAGUACGUGGUCAUCUUCGACGCCGAUUUCCAGCCCAACCCCGACUACCUUCACCGCACCAUCCCCUACCUCCACCACAACCCGCAGAUCGCCCUCGUCCAAGCAAGAUGGAGGUUUGUGAACGCAGAUGAGUGCUUGAUGACAAGGAUGCAGGAGAUGUCCUUGGAUUACCACUUCAAAGUGGAGCAAGAAGUGAGCUCGUCUGUCUGCGCGUUCUUUGGCUUCAACGGGACCGCCGGGGUGUGGCGCAUUGCUGCAUUGAAUGAAGCGGGAGGCUGGAACGACCGGACCACCGUGGAGGACAUGGAUCUGGCUAUCCGGGCCAGCCUCAAAGGGUGGAAGUUUGUCUACCUUGGCGAUGUCCAGGUUAAGAGUGAACUCCCCAGCACUUUCAAAGCCUUCCGGUUUCAGCAGCACAGGUGGUCGUGUGGUCCGGCUAACUUGUUCAGGAAGAUGCUAAUGGAGAUUGUGACAAAUAAGAAAGUGACGAUCUGGAAGAAAUUUCAUGUCAUCUACAACUUCUUCUUGGUGCGCAAGAUCGUCGCGCAUAUCGUGACUUUCACAUUCUACUGCAUUAUCAUCCCGACAACCAUCUUUGUCCCUGAGGUUCAUAUACCAAAAUGGGGUUGCGUCUACAUUCCCUCAAUCAUCACACUUCUCAAUUCUGUUGGAACUCCCAGGUCUUUCCACUUGCUUUUCUUCUGGAUCCUCUUCGAAAAUGUCAUGUCGCUGCAUAGAACCAAGGCCACAUUGAUCGGCUUGUUAGAGGCAGGCAGGGUGAACGAAUGGGUUGUCACAGAGAAGCUCGGCAACGUUCUGAAGAUGAAAUCGGCAAACAAAGCAUCAACCAAGAAAUCAUUCAUGAGGAUGUGGGAGAGGUUAAAUAUUCCUGAGCUUGGCGUGGGAGCCUUCCUCUUCUCCUGUGGGUGGUAUGAUGUCGCGUUUGGGAAGGACAAUUUCUUCAUAUACCUUUUCUUCCAAUCGAUGGCUUUCUUCGUCGUCGGUGUUGGCUAUGUUGGCACAAUUGUCCCUCAGUCAUAACCGAAACAUGUGGAGAAUAUAGCGACCGCCCUUGAUACGCAAUUCCUCGAGGAGAAUUCAGCAAAGCUAGCAGUGCAUAGCCAGUUUGAAGUAAAGAUCAAGCAGUCUUCUCUCAAUUUCUCUCUGCUUUUCUUUCUCUUUGGAGACUGAUAGUAUUGCGAGCAGCAUUUUCUUUGUAUGUGCUAUUGUAAUAGAAAGUGCAGUGCAGUGUAAGGUCACUGCAGGAGUACUGUGGUGUUCCAUUUUUCUUCUUCUUGUAGCAGUACGUGCCGUGAUUAAGGGGAGCAGGAUGACUGCUUCCAAGUCAAAUGUAAUACUAAUAGUAUAAGAAAAGGAAGAGGUUCAGACA